AUGCCCACACUCACCAUCCGACCCGCCCCGCCUCCUCCGGCGCCCUACCCGUGGGUCUGGAAGUGCCACAGCUGCCACAGCACGUACCGCCUGGGGACUACCCGCCGCUGCCUCGAGUGCGGACACGAGAUGUGCUCCUCCGCCGGCGAGAACGCCUCGAGGUCGCGCCAGAGCCCCACAAAGGCAGGACGCCGCGCCAACAAGCGCCGGCGCACCGGCGGGCCGUGCCGCUCCGAGUUUGACUACGCCGGAUGGGCCGCCUGGGGCGAGUGGAGGCGCGGGCGGCUGACCGCCGAGGCGAAGGAUGCCGCCUUUGUCGACGGCUUCUACAGCUGUGCAGACCACUGCGACUACCCGUCAGAGUGCCACCACACCCGCUACAGGUUCGCGCAAGAGCGGUUCGAGGCCGCGGCCAAGGCGGCGCUCGACAGGUCAGCAAAGACAAAGACUAGUCUCGGAAACAUCACCGUGACCAACACCAUAACCCAGUUCUUCAGCUCCGCUGCGGAAAAGACAAGGUCGGGAGUCUCGUCGUCGGUGUCAUGCGAGGAAGACCCGCCCGCCAGCUUAUUUGAAGCCGGCGAGGACGACUCGGAUAGUGACAACGGCUCAGACGGCGAUGAUAGCUCGGACGGUGACGAGGCCGAUGAGAUACUCUCCAAGUUCAUCAUCGAGCCGUGUCCCGAGGAGGCUGUUUUUGACGACGAUGAGUGCGAGGACGAUGGUAGCUCGGGCUUGAUCAUACUUGGCGCCAUCCCCGUGCAACUAACAAAAGAUGAACGAAAGACCCCCGAAAGCAGAGAGCUAGUCGUCGAGCUCUGUGACGAUUAUAGAGCGGCCCAAUUUAUUGAAGACGACGAGGACGAAGACGAAGACGAAGACGAGGAUUCUCUCAAACUACAACAACAGCGCCGCAGCUUCUCAAAGGUUGCGCAGCUGACCGGCCUCGAAUCGUUCCGGCCGCCCAACAAUGUCUCGCCGACCUCGCUCCCAUCAAACAUGCACUCGUCGUGCUCAUCGGUCCUUGUCGGCCUCGCCGUCCGUCCGUCUUGAGUCUCCUGUUGGGAUGACGGAGGACCCUGUGACUCCGUGGUGGGUAGAAUUCGGCCGGUGAUAGGAGGUCCGGUGGGAACAGUAGUGUGAGACAAGCUGUUGACUAUAUCGCGGUCAAGUAAGCUGUCUGUUACUCGUGGCCUGGUUUACAAAGUGGCGCCAUCAUAUCCAGCUUCUGUAAUCAGCAUGGUUGAUGAUAAACGAAAAAAAAAAGUUCAAGGUGUAUGAUUACAGAGAUACAUAUAGGACUGAAGCUGUACAUAUAGUGAGCGCACUGCGCUGGGAGAAAAUGUAACUUGUAGAAUCGAUUAAUGUUCAC